CGUCUCACUCGAGUGAUCUAGUCCGAUGACCACAGACCUGACUCCGAGCCUCGUGAGCCCGGCUGCUCAGCUCGCCAUGGCCAUGGUGCAGCCGGCGGACAUGACCGUCAAGGCCGACGAGAUCCUGGCGCGGUUCAGGCCCAUCGCGCCCAAGCCCAUACUGUCGCUGGCGCAGGCGCCCGAGGACAUGGUGGCCGCGAAACGCCUGCUGUGCCAGCUGCAGAGCAGGCCGUGCCGGGCGCGGAAGCGCGGCCGUCCGACCGUCGUGCCGGUGUCCCCGUCGGCGGCGGCGGCGCCGUACCUACCGCUCCGGUGCGCGGCGGCCACAGACGCGGUGGCCACGGCGACGAGGGCGCAUGUGUUCAUGGUUGUCCCGGGAAGUCCACGCAUUCCGCUGGCGUCGCUCCCGCCUGCGACCACGGGUGCCGAGGACCCGGCGAGAGUCUCGCCAAAGGUGGCGGCGGAGGCCGAGAGAGACGUCCCCGUGGAGCGCGACCUGCUGCGGAAGCUGCUGGAGCCGAAGGUCAUCUCGCCACGGGCGGUGCGUCCCGUGUGCUCAAUCAUCCAUGUCGAGUCCAUCCAUCUCACCGACGCGACCUGCACCGCCAUCGUCUCGAAAACGGCGGCGGAGGUGGAAAUGGAGCUUGAGGCCGACGCGCUCCCGGCGUUGGUCUCGGACUCGAGCAACCGGGUCCGACUGGUGAAUGACGCGUACAAGGAGAUGGUGGGGCAGCCCGAGUGCCCGUGGCUCGACGCCGUGGCCGCCGCGUCGAGGAUCAGCGGCGAGGUGGUGCUGGUGGUGGCCGAGCCGGCGUCGCUGCCGGAGUCCCGCGAGGUGUUCACAUGCACGGCGAAGAUCGAGUGGGAGUACGACGGUAAGUGCACCUCCAUCUCUGCACCGUGCGACGUCAGCCAGCUGCAGUGCGAGUCCAGAGACUACCUCUUCACCUGGAGGUUUCACACCGCCGACGCCGAUGCAUCCGUCAGCCGCCGCUCCGGCGAGACGAGUGUGAGUUAGGAGAAGUUUGUACCACAUCUUGUGUGACACACUGCAGUGUGCGAAACCAAGUGCACAAGCAGCUGCAUGUUAAACUAGAUCAGCUUCCUCUUUUGCGAAGUCCAUAGAAUGUAGACCCAGUUCUGAAAUAUGUAGCAGCACAUAAGAUGUUGACUGGAGAAUG